GUAUUUCGAAGCUUUUCACUGGCCCUGUUACAUGAACGCCUUCACACCUGAGGGGACAGUAAUGCACAAGUAGGUUGUGACAGGGUGAACCGGAAGUUAAAGUACAUGCAAAAGCUGCUCGCACAGGCGCCACCUAAUUUGUUUUCAUUUGCUUCAAUAGCCGCGCGUUUCUAUACUCUGCACGGAUUUCUGUCAUAAAACACAAUCCACAUUGUUUUUUUUUUUGUACCCGGCCAACCUCGUCAUAGUGCACUUUUGAUGACGCUCCUUUAAGUUGGUUUAGCUCACUAUCCGCCAUCGUAGACGUCGCUCAGCGGAGCUUCGGUGUGAAAAUGUGUCAAGUGGAACUCCUGAGGGCGUUGCUGAAUCAGCGACUGAGUGCGGCCGUCGAUGAAGUAUUCGGAGUUGUUGCAAGAACCAUCGCCGAGUACCAGGAGGAACUCUGUCGGUCAAAAGAGGAGAAUGAGCGUCAGCGUCAGCUGCUGGACGCUGUUCUCAAGCCGCACGUUGUGUUAUACAAAGAAGAAAGUUCCAGUCAAGAAUGUCUUUCCCCGAAACAACAAGAAGGGAUAUCCACGGUGGAACCACGGCAGCCUGAGCCUCCCCGCAUCAAAGAGGAAGAGGAGAAGGCCGACGUCACCCAAUUGCCAUUGGUUGCUUUUCCUUUGAGGGUUGAUGCCGAGGCUGAAGAAGAAGGUGACGGAGACCGCUGCGGAGCGUCCCAAGCUGCCAGCCUCUCAGCUCCACUCUCAGAUUUGGAUGACAUCACGUUGCACUCUUUCGACACCGAUGGUGACAAACAUUCUAAGAGUGAUAUGACAGGUCGCACUGCCGGUAAACGCUGGAAAUGUUCCCAGUGUGGGAGAACAUUUGACUAUAGCAGCGCUCUGAUCAAACACAUAAGAACGCACACGGGAGAGAAACCAUUCAAGUGUUCAGUUUGUGGCAAAAGUUUCACCCACAAGGGUAAUUUGACAGCGCACACACGGACACACACUGGAGAAAAACCGUACGGCUGCUCAAUCUGCAACAAAAGUUUCACUGGCCACUCGGCAUUAACUAAACACACCCGGAUACACACCGGGGAAAAGCCUUUCAGGUGCUCAGUGUGCGGUAAACGGUACACGCAAAACGAAACUUUGAAGGCUCACUCAAGAACCCACACUGGCGAGAAACCGUAUUCCUGCUUAGUCUGCCACAAACGCUUCAGUUCACAUUCAUCGUUUGCCCGACACCGAAGGACGCAUAGUGACGAAAAACCCUAUUCUUGCUUAGUCUGUAACAGAAGCUUCCGGUCCAAUUCAGCCUUUGCCCGACACAGAAAAAAAACACACUGGAGGCAAAGUGUUCAGUUGCGUCGCGUGCAAGAAGACAUUCCCUCGCAAGUACCAAGUGAAGACACACAAGUGCGUUGCACUCAAUGAAGCCGCGGGAACUUAAAGGCUUUGGAAACUUUGACUUCUUCUACAUGAACUGAACUUGAACUUG